GAGUAAACUUGACGUUAGCAUCCGGUUUUCAAUAUGACUGUAAAGCAACUGUUCGAGUGCGCCAGCGGCUCUGGUACCUGCAAACUACCAAGUAGACAUACGCAAAGGAUGAAAAGCAAUAGCACUCUCCUAGUCCAAUUGGAAUGCCGCUGUUGCAUCUUGGCUGGCGGCUACUUCCGUAAUGUUUUGUGAACGCGACUAAGACAAAAAUCGGAAGUCGGAGGGGAAGGUGCUGUCGACAGAAAGCAGAAUGAACCAUGGGGAGGGGAGGGUACACGUUCACCAUGGCCUCCCCAAUCGUACAUCAUUUGCGAAACCCGCGUAUUCACAGGAGCACUAUUUACAAGGGCUUGUGGUAGUGUGUGGUCCGUCAUUGUAGCCUGCCACCUCCCGUCGCCACAACUCCGCCACCAUGUCUCUCCUCCUCCGCACCCUCCUCGCAACCCACUCCUUCCUCACCUCCCUCGCAACAUUCUUCACACUCACAUUCACCUCCGCCAACAGCCGCCGUUUACUACCUCCGCCACCACCGCCAAUAGAGCUAACGAACAAGAAUGCGCGGACGAGGGAGCAUGUUGCUGUUCUUUUUAGGAGGGGGAGAAAUGGGGAAAAUGGAGGGGAAAGUGUGAAUUGUAAUGGGCGGACAGACGGGGAUGGCAAGGAAGGGGAAGGGUUGGUUGAGGAAGUGGAGAGGAUUGUUGGGUGGUGUUUGGAGGCUGGGGUUAGGGUGUUGACGGUCUUUGAUGAAGAGGGCCUCCUAAAAACCAAAGCCGCCCACCUGCACCGCGCCCUCAAAUCCACCCUCAGCCCCUCCAUAAAGCAGCCAUACACCAUUGGAUCAUCCACCCCACCACCACGGCCAGAGGAAUCUGACCCUAUACUCGUCCAAGUAUACGCCAGCGGCCGCCGUAUCCCCAAAACGACAGCUGAACAACGCAGAGACGAAGCGGUCGACGUCGACAGCGCGCAUAAUUCAGAUGACGAGGGGGAAACUAUCGACCUGCACAUCAACAUCGUCUCCCCAACCGACGGCCGACAACCCCUCGUCGAUGCUGCAAGGGCGCUUGCUCGCAAGGCAAUCACCAACACAUCUCCCACCAUUGUUGAUGUCGAUGUCAUGGACCGGACACUCCAUAAAGGACGAGACGCAUCCCUCCCAAUAAACAGGAGCGAACCGCAACUCGUCUUCCUGACACAUACAGAUCCGGAGUUUAUCACGAUUGGGAAUUUUAUGCCAUGGGAGAUCCGGUUGUCGGAGUUUUGGCCUGUACCAAGUGAGCUGACACAGGCGGAGUUUGUGGAAGGGUUGCGGCAUAUGGCGUCGUGUCAGCAGCGGUUCGGGAAAUGAAGUGAAACGGAUAGCCGAACACCUCAAGACCAUUGACCCACCCGAUAGACAUACCAUUCACGACAUCUAGAAUAUUCUCAUUCAUUUUUUUGGGGUUGCGGUUGGUCAAAGUACAUCCAGCACCCGAGACCAGAAAGAAUAUAA